UCGCUUCCGGUUAGGCUCUAGGUCUCGGGCUGUGGGCAUGGGGCAUUCUGGGAGUCGUAGUUGAGGCCAAUGGUAUUUGUCUCGGGGCGCCACUGCCUCCCCUGCCGGGCGCUGUGGGAGUCACAGUGUGCGAGGAGAGCGUUCCUUCCCUCGCCCGGAGGCCGCGGUGGGUCCUGGGAAGUGUAGUCGUCUAGGACCGCCUUCUCUGGCGCCGUGUGAGGAGGAGCGGGGCGCUCCAGCAGGCACUGUAUGAGAGUACGCUCCCGCCCUCGCCGGCGGCCGCGGUGGGUCCUGCUCUGCCGUGAGCGCCGAUCCGACGUCCGCAGCGCCGGCCGUGAGCCAUGCCUCAGGUAAGCCGCACUGUGCCCGCCUUCUGGAUGCAGCUGCGUUGUGCAGGCCGUGGUGCCCUAGGCUUGCUUUCUCCGGAGCCUCCCGCCCCGGGCUCCCCUUUCGCCGCUCGCGCGGACUGGGGUGUGGGGCGGUGCGCGACAACCUCUGGACGGGGGCGCGUGUCUGACCCCGCUCGCGAGUUUUAGGGGAAGAAGGGGCAGCCAGCGGUGCCGGUGUUUCUUCCUUUUCGCAGUGUUAGAGCGAGGGCUGCUUGACUCUGUCUUCGCGCCCGCUGCCCCUUUAUUCCCCCUAUUUUUAUUAGGCGUGUGAUUUCUGGAGCAGCAGCAUCGGCAUCGCCGGAGAACUGGCUGAAGUGUCUGUUCAUGAGUUCAGCCCAGACCUUUUGAAUCAGAAACUCUGGGUGUGCGGCUCCAGGCGCUCUUGCACCAGUCACUUUCAAGUGAUGCGUGACCCAUCCUAAGUCUUGGGGGUGCAGCAGGAGCAAAACAAAAUCUGUGGCACUUGCGCUUCACAGACGUGGGGGAUGAGCUCGCCAGCCAUUCUGAUUGAGUCUGCUUUUCUUUCCACUUCUCUGCUUCGUGUCGUGUCAUAUUUGUCUCCAAAUCCGGAUGCUCCCCACGUUGUGCUGGGGAGCGCAGUUUCCGUCUGUGCUGCACAGUCCACUGUGUAGGAAAUUGCUUUAUUAGUCGAUCAUGUUUUAACUUUUACUCUGUGUGUGGGGGUGAGAGUGAGAGGGAGGAGCCGCAGAGGGAGAGAGAAUCCUGGAGCAGAGUCCCCACUGAGUGCAGAAUCCGGGGCUCCCUCCCAGGACUCCAAGAUUGUGACCUGAAAUCAGGAGUCAGCUAGUUGCUCAAAGGCCUGAGCCACCCAGGCGCCCCUAAAACGAUGUUUUUAACUGUAAAACAUAACUGCCAUACAUCUGGGGCUCAGACUAGCCUGGCAUCUUUUAAAAUUUCUGUUCAUGCUUAAUGGUUAUGUGGAUUAUUUAAGUUGGGCAAAACCAGGCUGCAAAGCAGGGCCUUAUUGUUACCCCUAUCUCCAAGGAGAACAGGUUCCAUUCUGGGAGAUAUUAAGUUUCUUCCUGGGGUUUUCCUUCACACUUGACUGCUUCCCUUCCUUCUUGUUCUGACAUUGCUUAAAUAACCGCUCGGUUUCAUAGCUGUUUCCUCUGGAAUGGGGACAACUGUCAUGCAGUUGAGUGCAUGCCCGUUUUCAAGGGUGCUGCUGCUGUCUGCUCUGGCCAGUUGUUACUGAUGCAGUUUUUGAAUGUAGGUGGGGUCCGGAGCUGACAGCUAAGAGAGAAUUCUUGAGACGUCUUUGGUGCAAAAAGGUGAUUUUAUUAAAACCUGGGGACUGGACCCGUGGGCAGAGAGAGCUGCUGCAUUGGAGCUGUGGGGGGUGACUGAUUAUAUACAUGGGAGUUGGGGAAGGUAAGGAAAAAGGGAGGUUUUCAAAAGAACUUUCAGAUGCUGAAGAGGACCUGCAAGAUAUUGGGGUGUUGCCAUUGUCAAGGUAAGGUUGUUUUUUUCCUCUAGCAAGGCAUUAACGGUAAGACAGUUGGGAGUUUCCUUCCAGAAGUUAGGUUAUUGAUAAGAAUGCUUUUUUCUUGUAAAUCACUAAGACAUUUGUAAACUGAGGGAGACUCUUGUCUUGCAGGACUUGAAUCUCUAUAAAUAAACCAUUUGUUUUUCCUUCCGUUAGCUUUAGAGCAGCCAGGAGUGCCUGAGGAUUGUCACACGUAACCCACCUGGGAUUUGGGGUGUGUGUGGGGGGGGUUGUGCUGUGUCAGCUUGUGCGUUGUCCUCAGCUUGCCUUCUGCUUCCUCAUCAGUUACCAGGAAGAAAUCUUGCCAAAUCAUUAAAAUAGGGCUGCCAUUAAAGAACAUAUACAUUGUCUGUUAAAUACAAAGGGAUUGUCUUCACUAUUCAUUAAGUGCUGUAAGAGUCUAAGAACUUUAACAACAAACAGCCAGAAAUUCAUGUUUACAUGUAUAAUCCUUUAUCUUUCACAAAAUUGUUAAUGAUCUCAGGACAAAUUGCAUUUAUUUUUUCCCCUGUUCUCCAAUUAUACAAUAAAACGAAACAGCUAGGCUCUUACACUCUCACUGAUUUCUCGAAUUCUGAGAACUCCCGUUUCUACUGCUUACCUACGCUGUCUGCUCUCUACAGCGGGACUCACUUCCCUCCUCCAUCAGGGCCUUCAGGAGCACGGCUGUUGGCUGUGCAGGUAUCUGUAUGUCAUUUCAGGGCUCAGUGUCAUUCAGAGAUGUGGCCAUUGACUUCUCCCAGGAGGAGUGGGAAUGGCUUCAGCCUGCUCAGCGGGAUUUGUACAGACACGUAAUGUUGGAGAACUAUGGCCACCUGGUCUCACUGGCAGGUCUUAACAUUUCUAAGCCAUAUGUGGUUUCCUUAUUGGAGCAGGGGAGAGAGCCCUGGCUGGAGAAAGCAGAGGUGAGAAGAGAUCUGUUUUCAGAGUCAAAUGGUGAUAUCAAAGAGUUUUCUCCAAAAAAUGUCAUAUAUGAAGAUGGCUCAUCCCAGUAUUUGGUAGUGGAACGAAUUCUAAACCAAGACCCUGAAUAUUCCAGUUUUAAAGGAGGCUGGAAAUGUGAGGAAGAUACUCAGAUGCAAGGACAUCAGGGAUGCAUCAGGCAAGUGACUGUCUCUCAUCAGGGAGCCCUGUCUCAGCACAUGAGUGUCAAUACCGUGGAGAGGCCCUACGGAUGUCAUGAAUGUGGAAAAACUUUCAGUCGGCGCUUUUCCCUUGUGUUACACCAGAGAACUCAUACUGGAGAGAAACCCUACGUAUGUAAGGAAUGUGGCAAAACCUUUAGUCAGAUCUCAAACCUUGUGAAACAUCAGAUGAUACAUACUGGAAAGAAACCCCAUGAGUGUAAAGACUGUAAUAAAACAUUCAGUUACCUCUCAUUCCUCAUUGAACACCAGAGAACACAUACUGGGGAGAAACCCUAUGAAUGUACUGAAUGUGGAAAGGCCUUUAGCCGUGCCUCAAACCUCACACGACAUCAGAGGAUUCACAUAGGAAAGAAACAGUAUAUAUGUAGGAAAUGUGGGAAAGCCUUUAGCAGUGGCUCAGAACUUAUCCGCCACCAGAUUACACAUACUGGAGAGAAACCUUAUGAAUGCACUGAAUGUGGGAAGGCCUUUCGCCGCUCUUCACACCUUACUCGGCAUCAGAGCAUCCACACCACCAAAACCCCCUACGAAUGUAACGAAUGUAGGAAGGCCUUCCGUUGCCACUCAUUCCUUAUUAAACACCAGAGAAUUCAUGCCGGAGAAAAGCUCUAUGAGUGUGAUGAAUGUGGUAAGGUUUUCACGUGGCAUGCAUCCCUUAUGCAACAUAUGAAAAUUCAUACUGGAGAAAAGCCCUAUGCAUGUACUGAAUGUGAUAAAACCUUUAGUCGGAGCUUUUCCCUCAUUCUACAUCAGAUAACUCACACUGGGGAGAAACCCUAUGUAUGUAAGGUAUGCAAUAAAUCCUUCAGCUGGAGCUCAAACCUUGCCAAACAUCAGAGAACACACACCCUAGAGAGCCCCUAUGAAUAUGAAAAUUCAUUUAGUUAUCACUCAUUCCUUACGGAGCACAAAGGAAUUCGCACUACAGAGAAAACCUAACAGUGUAUGGAUUUAAAAAAAAAAAAAAAACAGCUAAUGCCUUACUUUGACUUCAGAGGACUCCUGGAAAGAAGCCUUAAGUGAAUAUGUUGAAUGUGAACAAGGUGGGUCAUACUUGAUUUAACAUCCUGGAAAAUAAUAACCCAGGAAUAUGUCGGAAAGCCAUUAGUAGCUGCUCAUUCUUUCUGUAACAUCAGAAGAUGAAAUCAGUACUGAGAAGACUUCAUUUGGUAGGAUUCCCUCACUCGACAUUUGUAAAUUCCUACCAGGGAAGGACACAUGGCCAAUAAAUGUGAGAAAGCUUUUAUUUAGAAAUUGGCCCCAAUUCUGCAUCUGUCAGCUCAAACAGGACAGUGUGUGGGCAAGGCUGCACUUUCUCCUGGACAUCAGAAAAUUCAUAAUGAAGCAGUCAUGCAAAUGCAGUGAUUUGGCAAUGUCUUUGUGUACCAUGCAAUAUUAAGUUUGAAAAUACUCUUCUAAAGAGAAAAGGCAACCCUAUAAAGGAACUGAAUAGAGGGUGAAUUUCUGCUGCUUUUCAGAACUGCAGAAUUAUACUGGGGAGAAAACUAUUGUAAGGAGUGUGGCAAAAUCUUAGUUCUCAGAAGUCCUACUGGAGGGAAUUUAUGGGAGUUUUUUUUUGGGGGGAUUAUUUUUGUUUUAAAGCAAACUCAGAAAAGAAAGCUAUGAAUAAAUACUUUGUUUUUAGUUAAUUAAUCUGGUACUUGCAGAGUUUUUUCCACAGCAUGUGUCAUUCUGAAGAUGCAAAUACCACAGUAUUGACAUCAGCAGUGAAGACUAGCAUGCAUUUGUAGAAACAUACAUGGUUACAGAAACAUUUUUAGUAUUUUGUGGCUUUAACUGUGAGAGUUUAGAUUUAAGGUUAUGCUAACUCCUGUCUGUCCUUGAAUAUGACUAGACCUCUCUUAGCCUGAAGCAGACGUAGAUAAGUUAUGUCGCAGGAAAAUGCCAAGGUGGUUCUCCUCUUUCGAUCCACGUACAGUGGGAACAUUCCUUUUGUAAGCACAUAUUUGUCAAAAUAAACCAGAUGAUGUUUUUACUCUCCACGUA